UUCAAAUCAUCCUCCUCGUCUUCCUCUGUUUUCCUCUGUUUUCAAUCGCCGAUCUCCCUUUCUUCGAUUUGGAAAGGAGGAGAAAUAAAGAGGGAAUUAAGAAGGAAGCAACAACAACAGCUUCGCUUCAAUGGCUGCGGGAUCGACCGCGGCGGACAGGUUCUUCCGGAACUGGGUCUUCGUAGCCUCGCUGUUGGGCGUUGACCACGGGAUCAAGGGUCGGUCGUACCACUGCAACUGCAGGUGUGCGCUCCACAAAAAAAUCCCGCGACAACGGCGUUGGCGGCCUAGGUUAGGCUGGAACCGAGCAUGGCGAUGGAUCAUGUCCGUCGAAGGGCUGUUCCUCCUCGAUUUGCUCUACUUCACCGGAUAUAUGAAGGAAGAGGGUCUCGCGAGAGACGUCCUCUUACUGGAGAAUCAUCCUAAUGCUGCUAUUGACAGAGGUUUUGGGGCAGUUCAGCGGCAACGCUGACGGGCAAGAGAUUACUCCGACGGGUAGGGAUUUGAUUUCCGUGUCGGUUGAUUUAUGCAGGCGGGUCUCUCCUUGGAAUUGGGAUUACCCGCCUCGGAUCCGUAAGACGGUUCCCGAAGCAUUUGGUGGAUCUCUUCUAACGCCUGAUCAUUAAUACGAAGGAGAAGCCCAAAUCAAAAUUGGAAGGAUAC